AUGCUCCAUCCCGCUCCAACGCCGUCGCCGCAACCACAGAAGCCGAUACUCACGUUCAACUUCUCCACCGAUGAAAAGUCGAAACCGAUGCCGGAUAUAAUACAGAACUUGUGCACGGACGCUCCGGUCGAUUUGCUAACUAAGGGUGACUCUCCGCUCUGUAAAAAAGAUUGGCGGGACGAACCUAUCAAUGAGGAGAGGAAAGAUCCUGAGCCAGAUUUGGAAUCGGACUCUCUCUCCGAUGACGACUCGUCGCAUACUGAGACUGCACCGAAUCAAUCCGUUCCGAGAGUAGAGGUGCACGAUGAAGUCGGGGAACUGAUACAGCUCGACAGUCUCAUGUUAAUUGAUAGCAGUACAGAGAAUAACGAGGAGAAGGCGUCGAGUGCUACUGUCACCGGUCCGACAGUGGUCGCCGUCGAAUCGGAGUCGUCAGAAUCGUGCCGAGAUGCGACCACUCUUGCGCUCACUGAAACAGAAUUGUCCGAUUGGGCGGCAGAAAGUGCAGUCCUAGACGAUUGCGGCUUAGACGACAGAGAAGACAGAAAAAGAAAUAAGAACCCCAGAACACUUAGUGGGCCGAAAUUGAUACACGAUGCCAAAAACAUAUCUGCGAUCUCGUCACACGUUUGCGGGCGAACUAGCCCGCCGCCUAUAGUUUACUCGAACGCAUUCGAAAACUUCGAAUUCGCCGAUGAAGGCGAACAGGACCCCUCUAUAGAGGCCCCACCGACGCCCCGCAAUGAGGGCUACAUGGAAUUGGUCGAUGAUGACCUUGACCCUGACCCCGAUCCCGACCCUUAUUCACUAGGCAACGACCGCUCCAUCAACUUCAUAGAGAGGAGCUUCUCCGAAACAGUGUUUAAACCUGCUAGCCACGAAGCUAGUGGGCCUCGAGAUGACCUCGAAACGCCAAUAAAAGAAAAAGAAUUAUGCGAUAACAAAACAGACGAAACACCGCCAGACGAACUGAAAUCACCGCAACUGUUGAAAUCGAUAGAGAUUGAGACGAGCGACAAAUCGAUCGGCGAUAGUACGCCGAAGUGCGACUCCCCGACGAAAAAGGAUCCUGAAAUCAUGAUGCAGCCGGAGACGAGUAAUAAAUUUGAAUUAGGAUCGCCCAGUUUAUCGGAAUCCUCUCCUCCUCUCGACAAUACGGUGGCUACGCCGUUGGACGUUUGUCGCCAGUCUAGCGAAUCGGAUACAAUGUCUCAGUCUGUUGUACCUGAAACCCCAAAAACCAUUUCUAGAAUGUAUACUGUUUCAAACACACCGCCUUUAUUUUCUAGUCCAGCCUCUAUAAGGCUGUAUUCACCGGCGAUUUGCCGGUCAGCGAGCGAAACGUUCAAUCGCUCGAAUUCUAGAAGCACAGACUCGCCUAGUCGAAGUGUUGAGUUAUCGAUGUCGUUGAAUUUGAGUUCGGGCUCAAUAUCUCCUGUAAGUCCUACGCCCUUGAAAGACACCACCAAUAAAGUACGAGAGUUGAAGAGGGAGAGAGAAGAGCAGACGGAGGUUGUGAGACGCUUGGUUCUAGAGAGACUUGGCAGUGGACCACGUGUUAGCAGAAAGUCUACGAGGAAAGCUCGCGCUUCGCCCAUCUCGAAUGUUCCGCCCCCUGUUCCGCCUCCCCCUUCGCUCCCCACACCUCCGCCUCCCCCACCGCCGCCUCGUCCUGCGCCCCCCGUGAUGUCUCUGCCUGUCACGCCUUCCUUUUCUGAUCCUGAACUAGCGAGAGAGAGGCGAAGCAAAAGUAUUAUGAAGAGCAUAUCCAAUUACCUCAACAAACGGCUAGGACCCCGACAAAAGUGGGCGUCGGAGCCGUCGGUCUCGAGCCACGAGAGUCCGCAGAGAUCGGUGGCCGCGCAUAAAUCUACGGGCGCGUUACAGGAGGCACCGCCCGUGCCGCCCCCGCCCGCCGGGUACUGUCCGCCUGUCGAACGUAGGCAACAACACAGAUUACCAGGGGCGAGCGGUGCCGAUGCGGAGGAGCGUGACGCCAUGCAGUUGUGGUUCGAGGCGCGGUGGGCACGACUAGUGGCGCAGCGCCGGGACAGGGACAGGGACCGGGACCGGGACAGAGACCGGGAGCGGGACAGAAACCGGGACCUUGAGGGGCCUAGUGCCCGUCGUCUUGCGCGUCUCGAGCGUCGUCUUACUCGCCCCCUGUCAGCUGAGCAGCAAGCGGCCACUGUGGCGGAGUUAGUUCAGGUGUCGGCACAACGCGACGCCCACCAAGCACUCAUGGCUGCCGACAGGAGACGCAGCGCUGCCGGAAUCGGCGCGGGCGACUAG